AUUUUGCCUGUAACUGUUCCACAAUUACAUGAAAUCGAAUUCUGCAUAAUAUGGAGUUUGCUAACGAGUUCCUGGUCAUACACCGAAGAAGUCACUCAUUAUCGUUAUCAUCCUGCAUCAAACAAAUUUGGAACAUCUCAGACAUUUGUUACACCGAUAAGAGGAUGGAGAGAACCAGAUAGAUGGGAUAAUAAUGAUCCACAAAGAUUGGGUCCACCAAUUUUUCGAAAAAAUAUGCAUAUCAGACCUUACGUAAGAUUAGCGAAAGUUGAAGAAAAACGAGAACAGCCGGAUCCUUUGGUUACGAUUACUGAAACUUUGGGUGCUUUAAAUACUGUCGGGAGCUAUAUCGUUAAUAUGACCAGAGGAGUGGAAAAUUCAAAUUACCCACCAAAGGAAUUACCAUCAGCUAUAUACACUAUUUCGAAGAAUAUUUUAGGACGCAAUGUAACAGACAGUAUUGCACCGUUAGUUCGAGGUGUAGCUUUACCUUUACGACCUAUACCGACCGAAACUUCCUCUGUCUCUUCUGUUUCUUCUUCCCCUGAAGAGAUUAAUCAAAACACUAGGGAAAAAGAAUCAGUGGUAUCGUCGGUCGAUUGUACUACGGCAGAAGGCAAUCUUGGAAAAUGUCAGGAUUUAAGUAAUUGUCCUCAAUUGUUGCUCGAUUUGACUAAACUCAGACAAUCAUUAUGCUUCAAAAGUUUAUUUGUUCCGGGAGUUUGUUGCCCAUUGACGGAUAAAGUCGAUAAUAAUGGAACUAGCUCGAUAGCCGGUAUAAUCCCAGCACCAGGAAUCGAGCCACCUAUACAUUCUCCAUCGAGACCACCAGUCCGACCAACGAAGCCACAUCAAACUCCUCGACCCAUUCCAUUGUUCCCUGUCAUUACAACUGGUAGUAUGAUUACAAUUACCACAAUAUUACAGAACUUACAAUUACGAUUAUUACUUACUGUAGAAUUCGUUUCAGUAUCUCCGUCGGUAAACCAUUCAACCAAUUUCUUUGGAUCAUCAACAUCCGGCAGCACUAUUGAUAAUAAUUUUAUACAAGACGACGAAGAAUGCGGAGUAAGAAACUCGGGUAAAUAUCGAGUAGUCGGCGGAGAAGAAGCUCUUCCAGGACGUUGGCCUUGGAUGGCAGCGAUAUUUUUACAUGGUUCUAAACGCACGGAAUUUUGGUGUGGUGGAUCUUUGAUUGGAUCACGAUUCAUUUUAACUGCGGCUCAUUGUACACGCGAUCACCGUCAACGGCCAUUUGCUGCUAAACAAUUCACUGUGCGUCUUGGAGACAUAGAUCUCGAAAGGAAUGAUGAACCAUCCGCGCCGGAAACUUACACGGUUAAACAAAUUCAUGCACAUCCAAAAUUCUCUCGUGUUGGGUUUUAUAAUGAUAUUGCAGUUCUGGAGUUAACGAGGACUGUUCGAAAAUCUCCUUAUGUAAUACCGAUUUGUUUACCGCAAGCACAUUAUCGGAAUGAACGAUUUGCUGGUGCUAGACCAACCGUUGUAGGAUGGGGUACUACCUAUUAUGGUGGAAAAGAAAGUACGGUACAGCGGCAAGCAGUGCUUCCAGUAUGGAGAAACGAAGAUUGCAACGCAGCUUAUUUUCAACCAAUUACCAGCAAUUUUCUAUGCGCUGGUUAUAGUCAAGGCGGCAAAGAUGCUUGUCAAGGUGAUUCCGGUGGUCCACUUAUGCUUAGAGCGGAUGGUAAAUGGAUUCAGAUCGGUAUUGUCUCGUUUGGUAAUAAAUGUGGAGAACCAGGAUAUCCGGGAGUAUAUACGCGUGUGACCGAAUACGUAGACUGGAUUAAAAAUAAUUUGAAUUAAGCAUGAGCAAUUUUCAUCCUAAUUGAUUUGUAUUUUCGACUUCGCAUCAUAUGAUUCUUAUUCGGUAUCAUAUCAUUUGUAAGUAUAUUGUUGUGAGUGCCAAGAAUCUUAAUUUAUACAUUACCUCUUUAUAUUAUAUGCACUAGUGUAACUAGAAUAAUUGCACGUAUAUUUGUGCAAUCAUACAAAUUUGUAAAUUAUAUUAUAAUAAUUGUACAUACGCGUGCACACUUAUAUAUGCAAAUAUACGUAAUUUAAUAAAUUAAA